AUGCUAAAUUGUUUUGUGUCAGCGACUUGGUCGCUAGCGGACUCUAGACGUCAUAAAAGAGAUGCAGCCUCGUCUCCAGACUACAACUCAGGGAGCACGAUGUGGGCAGCAAGUUUGUCCUGUGAUUCCUGCGGCAGUGAGUGUGCUUCUGCUUGCGGCACGAGGCAUUUCCGAUCCUGCUGCUUCAACUAUUUGAGGAAGAAACGUGGUCCUGAUGCUAAGUUUCUUUCUCACAACGACGAGUACAAAACCGAUGCUCACAAGCCAAAAUUCCCGUUGUAUGUUGUGGAUGAUAUACCAGAAGCUUGGAGCCACAACGUCCCAACAGAUUUCAAGUUCUAUCCCUAUGAUGAUACGAUUGAAAAUAAAUUGCAAUACCUGUAUGAUAUGUAA